AUUCGGACAUAAGCAGAAUCUAGAAGUUCAUGAUCAGGAUAAUACGUACGCACCCAAACCCAAACGAAUUAACUGGGCCUCCUUAUUUUCAUCACAAACCACAUUCGCUGGCAUCUGGCGCGUACAAAAGUCAUUUUUUCACCUGAUCAUCAAAAUGACACAAGAGUUUCCGACUCUAACAAACGACCUGCUCCUCCGCGCAGCUCGCGGCGAACAGACCGAGCGGGCACCUGUAUGGGUCAUGCGCCAAGCAGGGAGAUAUCUCCCAGAGUUCCGAAAAACUCGUGAAACCCAUGAGUUCUUCGAGAUAUGCCGCUCGCCCACUCUCGCAACAGAGAUCACCAUGCAGCCUAUCCGGCGGUACGCCGGCCUUCUCGAUGCAGCCAUCAUCUUCUCCGAUAUCCUCGUAGUGCCGCAGGCCAUGGGUAUGGAAGUGAUUAUGAACCCGGGCCCGCACUUCACUGAUCCCUUGAACACGCCUGCGGACGUCGAGAAGCUGCCCCGGGAGGUGGAUGUAGAGAAAGAGCUCGGAUAUGUGUUCGAGGCACUCACCCUCACGCGGAAGACACUUGCAGGCCAGGUUCCCCUCAUCGGCUUCAGCGGGGCGCCAUGGACACUUAUGAUGUACAUGAUCGAGGGCGGCGGAAGCCAGACGCGUCAAAAAUCAAAGACGUGGCUCUUUAAAUACCCUGAGGCUUCAAAACAGCUCCUUGAGCGCAUCACAGACAUCUGUGUGCAGUAUCUCAUCGGCCAGGUUAACGCUGGCGCACAGCUCCUGCAGGUAUUCGAUUCGAAUGCUGGAGAUUUGUCGCCGUACGACUUUUCUACGUUUUCUCUGCCAUAUUUGAAGCGCAUCGCGGACGAAGUCCGUGAGGGUCUCAAGGUCCGGCAACUUCCUGUCGUCCCUCUCACCUUGUUUGCAAAAGGCGCAUCCCCAUCCCUCGCUGCAAGCGCAGGAUACGACACCAUCGGUCUCGACUGGACGCUCGACCCUCGGGAUGUUGCCAAGGUCACCGAUGGUAUCAUUGAUGGUAGAACCAUCACUCUGCAAGGCAACCUCGAUCCCGUGGUGCUCUAUGGUGGCAGAGAGGCCAUCGAGCGUGAGGUAAAGAGGAUGUGCAGUGCGUUCCAUGAUGCUAGGGGCGGUGCAUGCAAAGCUUGGAUUGCGAAUUUGGGUCAUGGCAUCACACCAGGGGUUGAUCCAGAGGACAUGAAGUUCUUCCUGGAGUGUGUUCACAAGUACUCGGCAGUACCGUCUUCAUGACGCGGGAGAGGGGCAAAAGAAGUUAUAAUUGUACCAAUAGAAUCUUCAUUCACGCUGCUAGCAGGCAGGAUGUCUUGAACGAGAUCACCUGCUCUCGCAUAUCAUUCCAUAGUGCCUUCUUGUAAGACAAGUGGCACGGAAAGGUAAAUGAGAUCAAAGCUACACGAUAUGAAUGCUCGAUGGAUG